AUGACGACCCAGCCGGCCCCCUUCUUCGCCCGCCGCGCCUUCCAACACGACCUCUUCCGCAAGCACCCGCGCUUCUGGGAUGGCCUGCGGCACUUUGGCUACCAGAAGGAGGAGCGCUUCUACAACGGCGUCUCCAUGGACGAGGUCCACGCCGUAGACGAGGCGGGGAGGCGGUCGACGGUCAACGGCAUCCAGGAUCAGUUGUUUCGGUCCUGUUCCCAUUUGCUCGUGUUGUUCAGGAGUCGACCAGCGUGGCAAAAACACGGCAUCAUCGGCCGAGGCAUCCUCGUGGACUACCAUACCUGGCGCCUUGAGCGGCAGAUCCCCUACGACCCCUUCGCCCGCGAUUCCAUCCCUGUAUCGGAUCUGAAGGCGUGUCUCGAGGCACAAGGCACCGAGGUCAAGUUCGGCGACAUCCUCCUGACACGAACAGGCUUCAUGACCGCCCACGCCGGCAAGUCCGCCGACGACCUCGAAACCUACCGCGCCGCCAUGCCGCAGACCUCUGGCGGCGUCGCGCAGUCCGAGAAGACGCUCCGCUGGGUCCGGGACAACUCUCCGGCCGUCGGCGGCGACCAGCCAUCCUUCGAGUGCUGGCCGCACCGCGACCCGGAGCACUGGAUGCACGAGGUCCUGCUCGCCGGCUGGGGCAUGCCCAUCGGCGAGCUCUUCGAUCUCGAGGCACUCGCCGAGCGGUGCCGCCGCGAGGGGCGGUGGAGCUUCUUCGUCGCGAGUAAGCCGUGCAAUAUCCCCGGCGGAGUGGCCAGGUGA